AUGCAGGAAUAUCUUGAUACAUAUGAGGAUAUAAAAGUGGAUAUAGAUGGGCAGCUGCAACAGCAACAGUCACUUGGUGACUCUUCACAGAUGUCUUCGAACUUUAACGAUACAUCAGCGGUGUCUCCACAGAGAAUGAAACAGGAAUACUUGUCCAAUACAAAUGUAUUUCCAUAUAUUUUAGAGGGAUCAAUGAUAUCUCCAGAUGGAUCUAUAACCGUGGGAAUGGGCAAUUCACCUCCUGGUGUCCGUAAUAACUCGGCUAAUGGAUCUGGCAAUAGAGGUUAUAUUCUGGAUAAUCCUCCUUCAGAUGGUAGUAGUGGUACAAUACAACAAUCACCUCCUGAACUGGCCAACCAGACCCAGGCUCUGGGGCCAUCAACAGGAUCUGGCAUGCCUACAGCACCAGCGAAAAAUCCUAAAUUUAUGAAAAUGAGACCAUGUGACGAAUGUCGGCGGCGAAAAUCAGGGUGUAUUAUGGCAGAUGGAUCAAACACUUGUUUAACCUGUCAAGUCAAUGGCAUUGCAUGUACGUUUAUUGAAGGACCCAGGUCUCGAAAACGAAAUACUAGUAGUACAGCCAAGGACGCCAAUUUCGGGUCUGCAUCAAAUAAUAACUCGGCAAAUGCCUCAGGAGACUCAUCUAAUGCUAAUAAAAGGGCCAAAAUAAACACGACAGUGACGGAAAUCGCUGCCGAACCAGCGGCUGAACAAUCACGAUAUAUCAACCCAGUUCAGGACUACGCCAGUAUACGAGGACAUUCACUCCUAAAAAAGACUUUGGGACUGCAGUAUCCUAAAUCUGCUGUGUAUGUAGGAGAUACAUCUGUAUACGACAAUGUGCUAUUAGACUCUGGGAACUUUGAUAAAAAGGACGAAGCAGAAUUACCGGGCAAUAUAUCACUACGGCGAGCUGGUCCAGGAGCAGUAUUUAUUCUAUCUACAGAUGAUGGACCUCAGGAGUCGGUUGAAGAUGUCGACGAAAUAGAGAAACUCACUACUCCCUACGGAAAGCAGUUAAUUGAUCUCUACUUUCGAACUGUUCAUCCAUACUUCCCAGUACUCGAUAAAGACGUAUUCCUAGAGAAAUAUUCGCGAACGCACCGAGAGUUUGUUCCAUGCCUGUUAGCUGCUGUGUACAUUCUGGCUUUGAAAUGGUGGUAUUACGACGUGAAUCUAUCGUCUCUGCCCAAGCCAGAUAUCACUGCCAAACUAUAUCAGCUCGCAGUAGAAAGUUUCCACAAAGUAUGUGGCCAUCCCAAGAUCCCCGUCGUGCAAGCCGGUAUUCUGCUGGUACAGUGUAAACCCAGUGAUGACCGUCACUGGCUUAUCUGUUCACAGGUCGUCCCAUGUGCUGAACGAAUCGGACUGGGUCUAGACUGUCAGAACUGGAAAGUGCCCAAAUGGGAGCGUGGUUUACGCAAACGUCUAGCAUGGGCUGUAUAUCUUCUAGACAAGUGGUUAUCGCUCAUUGAAGCACAACCAUCACACAUUUCCGACAACUACUGGCUGGUUGCAAAACUAACACCAGAUGAUUUCGCCAGUAAAUCAUCGCGACAAGACGGUGAUGAUAGCACUAGCGGAGCCAGUUCAGCUGCCGAGACACCAAUUCCCGAAGACUCCAUCACCUCACCAGUGCUAUCAACCGACCAGCCUGGCCAGGUAUUUAUUGAAAUGAUAACAUUGAGCCAAAUCGUCAACGAGAUUAUCGAUACCCUUUUCACCUACAAAUCCAAGGCACUAAUUCGCGACACCGAAGAGAUUCUGGAAGUAGCCAAACCGAUCCAAAUCAAGCUCCGUCGCUGGUACCUCGGCCUUCCCGAGUCACUACAAAUCAACAGCGCCAAACCACGUCAACUGUCUGCUCACGGCGGAUUACAUCUAGCAUAUUUCGGAGCCGAAAUCACCCUUCACCGACGCAUCAUUCGCUCACUAACAAAAGACUCGCCACAAGAACUGACCGAAGUGUGUCGCGAGGCAGGCAAAGCCCGGCUCCUGGCUGCCAUGGAGUUUGUACGCGGUCUCCGUCCCGAACACAUGCAAUCGUUCUGGCACUUCUCGGCCUCAGCCAACUUCGCCCUUAUCGGCUCCUUCGCGGCUCUCCUCUUCGUAACCGCCACAACCAAAGACGAACAAGCUUUCUACCGCUCGGAAAUCACCGAAUACAUGUGGCGACUGCGUGUUCUCAACGGGUUCGGCGAAAUGGCAGCAGCACUCCGCCAGCUGGGCAUCACCAUGUCUCGGAUCCCUGGACUCAAAUCACCCGACAUCCAGGCCGCCUAUUGA